CCCGCGCCCUGGAGCGCUGCCGCUCCGGGCGGCCGCGGGCAGCGCUGUCCUGGGCCGACUGCCUCCGCCGGGCCGCCCCCGCAGGUACGGCCGGGCACGGGAGAGGGGCGGCGGAGCGGGAGCGGGACACAGGACUGGGGCACGACAAUAUAUGAAAGAUGUUGGAGAGCAUCCAGAGGAGAGCCACGAGGAUGGUGAUGGAGUGGAGGGGAAGCCUUGUGAGGAGCGGCUGAGGUCACUUAGGUGUGUUCGGUAUGGAGAAGUGGAGACUUAGGGGAAACCUUAUCGUGGUCUUCAGCAUCCUCACGAGAGGAAGCAGAGGGGCAGGCACUGAUCUCCUCUUCACUCUCAUAACCAGUGACAGGAUACAAGAAAACAUAAAGGUGAAUCAGGGGAGGUUUAGGUUGGAUAUUAGGGAAAGGUUUUCACCCAGAAGAACAGGCUCCCCAGGGGAGUGGUCAUGGCACCAAGACUGACUGAGUCCAAGACAUAUUUGGACAACACUCUCAGGCACAGGGUGGGAUUCUUGGGGUGUCCUGUGCAGGGCCAGGAGUUGGACUCAAUAAUCCUGGUGGGUCCCUUCCAACUCAGCAUAUUCAGUGACUCUGUGAGAAUGCUCAGAGGUGCCUGUGGCACUCUGGCUGCUUCCAGAGCCCUUUGCCCUUUGCCUAGGGUGGUUGGGGCCAAUCCCCUGGGACAGGGUGAGCUGUGGGCUCCAGCCAUUGCUCCGGCCCCUGUGCUUCCCUACCAGGUGUAGGGCAGGUGUAGAUGCUACCUGAAGGUUCAGCCUGAGACAUGCCACCUUCACUGCUCAUCACAGAGAUGUAUAAGGAUAGGGAGAGGCCACACAGAAUGAAUCUUUCUGAAGGAGUCACCCGCACAGAACCUUCUGCAGUGCCUUGAUGAGUUGUGUCUGCAAGUAACAUUUUCUCUUCAACGCUGGUAUCAAGCCGUGUGUUGCAUCUUUCUCAGGGUGGAGCUUGGUAGAGAAUUCAUCAUUCAUGGCACACAGAACUAUCUGAGACCAAGGAGUGAAGCUCCUGCUUGGAGCACAGAACUGUAACUACUUCUGCAGUUCUUUGGCUGUGUUAUAUUGGCUCCCACAGAACAGCAUCUGGUCUAUGAUCUCUGGCAAGCUCUGUCAACUUCCUUGGAUAUUGGGCUGAGUAACUGGAGCUUCCUGUAUGUCACUGUCUCCCUCUACACGAUGACCAAAUCCUCUGCCAUUCUCUUCAUCCUGCUUUUUUCACUGCUCUUCAAGCUGGAGGAAAUGAGGGUGACGUUGCUGCUGGUGGUUCUGCUCAUUGCUGGGGGACUCUUCAUGUUCACCUACAAGUCCACACAGUUCAAUGCACAGGGGUUUGUGCUGGUGCUCUGUGCCUCUUUCCUGGGGGGCAUUCGCUGGACUCUCACACAGAUCCUGAUGCAGAAGGCUGAACUGGGUCUCCAGAAUCCCAUUGAUAUCAUGUUUCACCUGCAGCCGCUCAUGUUCCUGGGGCUCCUCCCACUCUUUGCAGUGUUUGAGGGCCUUCCUUUGUCCAUAUCAGAGAAGCUCUUCCGUUUCCAUGAAGCAGGAAUGCUGUUCUCUCUGGUAGGGAAGCUGUUCUUGGGUGGAAUUCUUGCCUUUGGUCUAGGCUUUUCUGAGUUCCUCUUGGUUUCCAGAACGUCUAGCCUCACCCUUUCCAUUGCUGGCAUUUUUAAGGAAAUCUGCAUUUUAUUCCUGGCCACACAUUUACUGGGAGACCGCCUCAGUCUCUUGAACUGGCUGGGCUUUGCUGUCUGCCUGUUGGGAAUCUCCCUCCACAUUGUUCUCAAAGCCAUGAAUUCCAAAGGUGACAAAGCACUGGAGCCACACAAAGAGGCCAGCUCUGACCCUGACCUGCAGCUGCUGCUGCGCCACCCCGAGCAGGCUGAGGAAGAGGAGGAGGUUGUUGAAACCCCACAGCAGCACUGACUGAACAUGAAGCACAAAGCCACCUGCUCUGUUCUUACCUAACCUGCCUGACAGCUAUCCAGGAGGAAGGUCCAGAAGUCUCUGUGACCUCCCAAAGCAGAGCCAGGGCCCCGGGAGAGAAUUCUGCUGCUUUGCUACAGUGUGGAUCUGUAGAUGCUGCACAAGAAAAGGCAACAUCCCUUCCACAGGAGCUUGGAAGACAAGCCCUGGUUCAGUGGGUGUAGAAUGGCAAGGUGAGACAGGGAAAAGCUGUAAAAAGUCCAUCAGGGGAUCCUGAAGGCUGUUUACUGAGAAUGUAGACCAUGAGCUGUAGAAUGAACAUGGAAAUGUCUGGACUGCAGGCUGAGUGGUUCAGGGAUGAUUUUACUGCUGUUUAGGUUUUGACUUCAAAGGAGAAGGUAGAUACACCUCCCCCUUUUUUUUAUGUUUCUGCAAGUUCAGAACUCCCAUCCUGGUGGGAUCACAUGACUGAAUAAAUCCCUGGAGUUGUCCCAGCGAGGACCCCCUGCCUGGGGACCUCCAUGUUCUGUGUGCAUAGUAAGGAGAGAAUUAAAUGCUGGUAUUUGGGACCAGUUGAAAAUGAUGAACAUUUCCAGAUGAUGUAGGUUGGAGUGAAGACAGGGAUGCAAGAGUACUUCUGGUGCUACAGGCCAAGAGGAGAAUGAGCAGUGUCACAGGAGAUCUAACUUGAGCAAUAAGCUUAUGAGCAAGUAUGUGUGGUUUUGAGGGGGGGAUUUUUUGUUUUUUAAAUAAACUCUUUUUCUGA